AUGCGCGCUGCUCAAUACAACACUACCACUAACAAGGUGGAGGUGAAUGAAGUCCCGAUUCCCGAACCAGGAGAGACCGAGAUCCUUAUCAAAAAUGUCUGUGCCACUCUGUGUCACUCUGAUCUGAUGCUGUUCUGGGGACACACGGCCGAAAAGCCCCCGAUGGAGAAGGUCACGAUUGGCCACGAGAACACCGGUAUCGUUGCGGCAGUUGGUAGCAAAGUGCACGGCUUUAAAGUCGGUGACAAGGUGGGCUGCCUGGGAUGUAGCUAUGCCUGCUACAACUGUGAGGGCUGUCAAGUCCAUAACCUGUUCUGCAAAGAUGGAACCGGUCGACUCCAUGGAUUCACUACAGACGGUCAUUUCGCCGAGUUUUCACUGGCCGACUAUCGGAACGCGAUGGUGCUUCCAGAUGAUAUUGAUAUGGUCGCGACAGCACCGUUGUUUUGUGCUGGGAUUACUGCCUACCAUGCCGUGAAGCAAUGCAGUCUCAAGGCCAGCCAGUGGUUGGCAGUAAUUGGAUGUGGCGGCCUUGGCCAUUUGGCUAUCCAAUAUGCGAAAGCGCUGGGUCUCAAGGUUAUUGGGAUCGAUAUCUCCGAUGCCCAGUUGGAAUCAGCAAGGGAAUUAGGGGCAGACGCAACCUAUAAUUCCUCGAGCGAUGCGGACUAUGUUGGGAGAUUGAUGGCACUUACUGGCGGGGGAGCGCACGCAGCCGCCGUCUUCAGUGCGUCCAAUGCAGCCUACGCAAGCGCCCCCAACGUCCUAAGGAUCAAUGGUUUGUUAAUGGUUGUCGGUAUUCCCAAGGCGAAUCUGUCAAUCAAUGCGUUGGACAUUCUUCUGGGUAAAUACAGGAUCCAGGGUGUAAGCAGCGGCACUCCUCAGCGCAUGAAAGAGCCCAUCGAGUUCAGUCACAGGCAUGGGAUCAAAUCGCACUUGACUACGUUUGACAGCCUGGAUGAUAUCCAGACAAUCAUCGAUCUAGCCGAAAGUGGCAAGACUGCCGGCCGCCUGGGUGUAGUAUUCAAAUAG